AGCACCCGCGAGUGGCUGCAAUGGCUUUGAAAGGAGAGUGAGUCCCAAAUCCAACUCAGUUAUGCUGCUGCUUCUGGGCUGUUUACAAUCCAGCAAGCAAACCAAGAACCGAGCAGCCAGAUAAUGAAGCAACACCUACCCUUCCUCUCUAUUUUCCUCCCUCUUCCCCUUUAAUUCCUCCCUUCUUCUUCAUCUCUUCGCUUUUCCUCGCCUCCUUUAUUUUCUUCUCAUCAUGGCGAAGACAGGCGUCUCUGAAAACGACUCAACUUCGUUUCCCCAUGCAAAGGCUUUGGACUUGAAGCACAAACUGCGGGGGCUCAUCAAUAUUAUCCUGGACGCCGACGAUUUCCCGCUUGCCAGACUUGACGAAGCUAUUACAACUCUUUCUGCUCUCAAGGAUUUGAAAUGUAAAUCUACCGGCUCCUUCCCUCAGAAGUUCGAUGAUUUGUCUAUUCCCCCGGAAUUUCGAUGCCCCAUAUCUCUAGCUCUAAUGAAUGAUCCUGUUGUCCUGGCCACCGGACAGACUUAUGAUCGGCCAUUUAUCCAAAGAUGGUUAAAUGAAGGCCACAGGACAUGCCCUCAAACCCAGCAAGUCCUUUCUCACUCUAUCCUUACUCCAAAUCAUCUGGUCCGUGACAUGAUUUCACAUUGGUGCAGAGAGAAUGGAGUUGAGUCGCCUAAGCUUGUUCGGGAUACUGAUGAAGAAGUAAUAACUGGUGCAGACAGAAGCCAUUUAAAUUCAUUGCUCAAGAAGUUGUCAAUGUCUAUUUCUGAUCAGAAAGCAGCUGCAAAAGAGCUCCGGCUAUUAACAAAGCGAAUGCCCUCAUUUCGAAUCCUUUUUAAUGAGUCCAGUGAUGUGAUGUUGCAGUUGCUCAGUCCAUUGUCACCUGGUACGGCUUGUGUCCCUCCUGACCUUCACGAGGACUUGAUCACUACUGUUCUAAAUCUCUCAAUUCAUGAUGAUAAUAAGAAAAUGUUUGCUGAGAGUCCUACGGUCAUCCCUCUGCUGAUUGAGUCCUUGAAAUUUGGAACCAUCCAAGCAAGAAGUAAUGCUGCGGCAGCUAUUUUCACAUUAUCAGCACUUGAUUCCAACAAGGGCAUCAUUGGAAAUUCUGGGGCCAUCAAACAUUUAAUUGAGCUUUUGGAGGAGGGACAUCCACUGGCCAUGAAAGAUGCUGCUUCUGCUAUUUUCAACCUAUGUUUGGUUCAUGAAAAUAAAGGAAGAACUGUUGGAGAAAGAGCUGUUCCGGUUAUCCUUGACAAGAUCAUGGACCGUGUUCUAGUUGAUGAGUUGUUGGCUAUUCUGGCACUCCUGUCUAGCCAUCCAAAGGCUGCUGAAGAAAUGAGCGAUCUUGGUGCUGUCCCCUUGUUGCUCAGUAUUAUGCGGGAGAGCACAUCCGAAAGCUGCAAGGAAAAUUGUGUUGCAAUCCUAUACACAAUCUGUCUUACUGAUAGAACAAAAUGGAAGGAAAUUAGAGAAGAAGAAAAAGCCAGGGGCACGCUUUCCGAGCUCGCACAAUGUGGGACUUCAAGGGCCAAAAGGAAGGCUAGUGGGAUUCUUCAGAGGCUCCAUAGAUCUCCCACGUUAACACACACGGCUUAGUUUGAAGUAAGGCUCUGGGAAUUUUCAGCUGACCUCUUUGUAAAUAAAUAUCUCAAGUUCUUCUGUACGCCUCUUCUCUAGUGGCUGUAAAUGACGAGGUGAAGUUUUUGUGUAAAGAGCACGUUACCCGCAUUUAGCAUGCUCUAUCUGUGAGCAAUGAGGCACUGACAUUUAAAUAGAAAAAGAAAAAUCUUUUUUUUUUCCC